AUGAUGGUGCGCCUGGGGAGGACCCUUCUGCGGCUAGUCGGGUGGUACGUGGCGCAGGGCGAGACGGCCAAUCAUCGCGUUCAACCACGGCCAUUAGAUGCGUUGUCCCUCCACCAAGGCCAAAGUAGAACACGCUUGCCCCAAUCCCUAUCGAUCGACACCUCGAAGACUAUAGUAUCUCUUAGCCAUCAGCCCGAGUCCAAACGGAGAAAGACCCCCGAAGGCGACUCCCCAUCAAAGGUUACCACGCCAAUCUCUCGGGGACGUCUAAAGCCCAACAAAUUCGACCCUGACGGCUUCCUCGCCGCUCCGAGGGAGAGGAAGAAGCUUUGGGGAGAGGGAGACGGCCGCAUCCAGCUCCCGCCAGCCUCAGCGCCUCGGGCGGGCCAUCACAACAAUCACACGCGCGGUAUGGCUUCGGGUCCGGCCAGGCUUCGUGCCAUAAAGGAGAUGGUCAUCGAGUUAGCGAAGCAGCCUGUAACCCACCCUAUUAUCCAGUACCAACUGAUCACCGAGGCCCAGGGGAUUUAUUCUGGGGGGACGGCCCGGUCCGCGAAGACUACUACGCCCUUGACGAUCUUCCCGUUGACGUUAUUUCUCAGCGGCGACAUCGUCCUAGACAGAGACCCACCUUCCGGCAAAUACCCCGUCCUGCAGUGCCGCACACUCAGGGCUCCGUGGGCCAUUCACAAGGCCAAAAUUGGACCCCCGCGGAUGGGUCCCGCCAGACACUGGAGAAAUGCCCAGGCCUUUACACGCGAAAUCGACAGAAGGGAGUGGGACCGCCAGGGCCAGGCUGAAGCCGAAAUCAGCAAACUUCCCGAGUCUGAACAGCCCGACAGGCGCGCUGCUGAGGAGAAGGAGCGACAAGACUACGAAGUGUGGAGGGCACAGCAUAUAGGCAAGGCGAGCAUCCAGGGUAGCAGCCCCGGCACCGGCCCGUCACCCACAAGCAGCGGCGGCGAUACUAGCACCGCUAGUGAACUUCCGGAAAGAACCCCGGGGCCGGUCAGCCCGGGGGCCUCCGCCGACAGUAUUGGUUCGCGCCCGUCUCGUGCCUCCCCUAGGCUCAACAUCGGUUUCUUUGCUAGGGUACAACGGCGACUCCAAAAUACCAAACACCGCCCCAGGCAGCGAAACCCCCCUCGAAAACCACAGGAGCCCGGCCACAAUGGCAGCGGCACGCCCCUGAGUACUUCCAACCGGGCACCGGCUGCGCCGGCCGCCACCCAGUCGUCGCCCACAUCCUCCCCGGCGUAG